GUGUUGCAGUGUGCGUCGGACUGAUCAAUGAAAUUUGAGCUACUCAGCUGUUUGUGGUCAUUAGAGAAUGUGUUUAUUGGAUUAACAAACUAAAAUCCUGCAGAUAUGUGUUGAUAAGUUGGUGCUUGAUUAUCAAAGCUAGCCUGUAGUAAUGCAUCUGUAAGAAGCUGCUGGAGUUCCUCUUUUCAUCUGAAUAUUAACAAAGAAUAUGAGUCUGCUCGUUCCUCGGAGGAGAGCAUGAGAGGCGGCUUGCCUGAGACAGAUGUUCCUAAUUCAUGCCGUGCUCGUGUUGGCCUGCUGUGUGGUGACCUCUGAUAACAGAGUGAGUCUGAGCAUGGCUCUUCCUGUAAUGACUUUUUAAUGACUAUCACCAUCAUCUACUCCAGAAAGCUCUCCAAAGAAUGUGGGCUCGAAGCUCCGAGAGGCUCUAAAGCAGCAGGUUGCCAUCAUCCAUGAACGCAUGGAGGCCAAGAAGCUCGCCAAACUGGCUCUGGCUGAAGUCCGAGAGCUCCUAGCCAAAGAGGAGCAGGAGAAGGAGCUCGAGAUGGGGAGGAAGGAGAUGUCAGCCAGGGUGAAGGAGAGGGUGGCUAUGAGGCUGAAGGAGGAGGAGGACAGACUGGAGAAAGAAGAGAUGGAGAGGGCUCUGGAGAAGCUACGAAAAGAAAAAGGAAAAGGGACAGAUGAGGAGGAGGGAGGGGAGAAGAGAAUAAAGAAAGGAGGGGAAAAAGACGAGAAGUCUGAGAAAAAGGAGGAGGGGCAGGGAAAGAAAGAAUGGGAGGAGACAGGCAAAGAGUCUGCUGCUGAAAAGAGAAAGAAGACUAAGGCGGAGAAACCUGACAAAGGAAAAGUAGAGUAGUGCUCAAACCCAGUCACAUGAUGCUUAGUAUCUGCUCAUGGACUGAAGGUUGGAGCCACAAUCAUCACUCACUGCUUCUUCUGCUUAUUCGAGUUGUUUUUCAAUCAGACCGUGUGCUCUGUAGUUUAGUCUGUACUGUUACUGUUAACUUCAUGUACCCAUAGUUCAUCUGUUUGUCUGCAAUAAGGAGAAUCAUGACAUACUGUGUGUUAGCUGGUCCUCUACAGACGAGCAGUGAUCAGAUCACGCAGUGCAGAUACAUGUUUGUAGGUGCUGACAGCCAUUAUUUCACUGUCACAGUCUCUGUAGGUUAGUGUAGAGUUAUAUAGACACUGUGUGUGUGUGUGUGUGUGUGUGUGUGUGUGUGUGUGUGUGUUUGUGUGUGACGUACUGCAAAAUGUAAGUUUCCUCUAAGUUUAGAGACGUUUGUGUGUAACUGUGACAAACAUGUUAUUUUCUUUGGUCAAUAAAGAGUCUGGGUCCUUA